CGAGAGGCGUCCGGCGGGCGGUGCAGCGCGGGCUUGGCGCUCCGGAGCCCCGGCGAGGCGCCCCCAGCAGCGGCAGAGGCAGCAGCAGCCCCGCGCCCAGGCGCUCCCCCGCGGCGUCCCCUCCUGCCCCGGCCCUUGUGGCGGGCGGUUCCGUCGGCGCCCCGCCUCCCCGGAUCUCUCAGCGAGUUUUUCACGGCCCUCGAGGGAAGACUUCGCCCCGUAGAAAGAGGAGGGGCCCGCGGGGUGGGCUGGGGGCUUUGCAGCCGCUGGCCCUUGUGAGGGCAGGAGGCGCGCCCGCUCCCCCUCGGCCGGGCCGGGCCGGGCGCUUGCCCGUUUCAGGAUGAAUCCGGGUGCGAUGCUGCAGGAGGAAUACCGCCGCUGCUUGGAGAGGGACUUCCGCAGGGGCCACACAGGGGUGUGUGCAGACCCCUCCCUGAAAGAUUUGCUGUGGCACCAUCUGCUGGAGGAUCCGGAGCUGCACUGCAUCCUACAAGGGGACGACACCUUUGCCAUGCUUGCUGGGGCCCUGCGGGGCCAGCCGGACCUGGGUGCAGCACUCCACAAUCUCUGCAGGGCCUUUGAGGUGCUGGAGCUGGCAGCUGUCAAUCUUUACUUCUUCCCCUGGCGCAAGGAAUUUGGCACCAUUAAAACCUUUUCUGGCGUCUAUGUGCACGUACUACAGGGAGUGCUCUCCGAUGUGGACAUUGCCAAGAGCUUCCACCGGCUGGGCUAUGUACAGAGAGACCACCUGCACCUGGGGAUCUCCCAGCUACCCCCAGGGAUCAGCCUGCUUCGUGUCGCUUGCAGCUUCUUUGCAGCCCGGGUGGAGUGUGAGAUCCUGGGCAAGAUCGUGGAGGAGCUGGGGCCUUGUGGCAUAUCCUCUGAAGAGCUGCUGGAGGCACGGAGGGAAGCCAGGGGUGGCCUGAAAGGCUGCGUGGCCAAGCUGCAGAGCCUGACUUGCUGGCCUCGGGAACGAGACUUCCACGCAGAGCCAGCCGAUGGGGUCGACCUGUACAGGGAGAGCCCAGAGGCACUGAACCCGUAUCGUGAGCCUACGGCAUCCCGGUUGCCUCCUCUGCAUCAGCCGCCCACCUUUGAGUGCAACAGCCCUGGAUUGAGGAGGAAGCAGCUGCCGCUGCGGAGUCCCCAGGGGCUGUCGGAGAGCAGGGGCAAGCUGUGGGCGUCUGGCCAGGAGCCGUCCUACGGGAAUGGGCUCGUGGCCUCUGAGGGGCCUGAGCUGGAAACCUCCUUCUCGUUUAUUUCCUUGCGACGGGAGCUCAGCAGAUCGAGUGAUACGGACUACCCUGCCCCCGCCCAGCCGGGAAGUCGGUUCUUGUCCCCCAGUCCUCAUUACGACAGCCCUGGCCCUCAGCCACACAGCCCGGUUUCUUCUCCUUCUGCGAGGCAGGCGAGGAGUCCCCAGCUGAGUCCUGUGGGCCCGCGGCGAGUUCAGGGGCUGGCAGGCCCAGAGCCCCCUCACUACCAUCUGCAUUCGUGCCUGCUCCCAGGGGCGCUCCCUUCAUCCCGCUGCGGCAGCUGCAGGCUACUGCACGGCAGCAGCUGUGACAUGGCCCAGGUCUGUCGCAGCAUGCACCACCUGGAAGAGCUGCAGAGUGAGAAGCAGCAGCGCCUCUGGCUGCAGCGGACAGAGGUGGACAAACUGCUGCAGGAUGUGGCUGGACCAUGGCAGUAGUACCGGGCAACCUGCUGGGGAGGGGCAGGGGCGCAGCUGCUCCCAGGGGGGCUCUAGGCCCUCAUCAGCCCAUCGGGGGCUGCACCACUCAACUUGCUUUUCCUUCUUUCUGAGUGUGUCCGUCCCCCCCCCCCACUAACUUUGUCAUCCAGGGGAUAAGGGAGAAGAGCAGGAGACAGGCCACAGGCGAGCUCCACUUUGGGUGAACUUGCUUUUCCCCUCCCACAUGUGCCAAAAUCUGAUGCUUAACACCGAGAACCUAGCAGAGGUGUGAAAGGCCCGGCAGGCUGCCCUGUGGAAUGUUAGGUGUAGACGGUGCUCGACCCCUUCCGAUCAUUUAGCUCCUCCCGAUUGCCAACAGAGGAGUGGGAGUGGGGGGGUGGCUGCUUGCCAAAUGACAUCUUUUGAGCUCUGAGCACAAGGGCUUUGCGACGCUUGUGUGUCUGACAGUCCCAAAGCACCCAGGUGUGGCUGGCUUCUGGCAGCUCCAGCUUGUACCUGUGGGCAAUGGAAUGGUUGCAGAGUUUGGCAAGGAGGCAAUGGAAUUCUGGCUGCCUCUGCUAAUGGAAGCUUCCCCUAAAUCUGGGGGUGGGGCUCCCCUUUGGGUUAGGGUGGAGUGGGCAGCUGUUCUUCACAUCGGUUCUAGCCUGAUGAUGUAAUUGUUGGAGGAGGGCCUUGGCCGGGGUUGUCGUGGAAGAAUGGAGCAAAGCCCAGACUCCUUCAGUUCGCUGGACCUCUUGUGUCUGACUGAAGGUUCGAUGUGAAAUACACUAACUCGA